AGUUAAGGUACUUUUUUCUUUUUUUUUCAGUCAAAGCACAGAGGCGGCAAGAAAAGCUGCUCCAGGAUUUUCUUGAAGGAGAAGUGAAGGUGCUGGUAGCUACAACUGUGGCAGAAGAAGGACUGGAUAUUCCCAGCUGCAAUUUGGUCAUUAUGUACAAUCAUUUGGGAAAUGAAGUGUCAAGGAUUCAGAAAAUGGGACGCUGCCGACAGGCUGAUGGAGUGUCAGUGUUGAUGGCUAUGCCUAAAGACAAGCCUCGGGAUUACUUGAACAGAGUAAAGGCUGGCUUGGUGAAUAGCGCCCUAAAGACCAUACAGAACAAAGGCAAAGACUUUCAGGAGAGAGUUGAGCAGUACAUGCAAAGUAAUCUGGCUUUGACAACUGCACGCCCCUCAACUCAGCUCAACCAGACAGUUCUGGAGUUCGAAUGCAAAAGGUGCCAUCGACUGGCAGUCGAGAGCUGUGAUCUCCGGAUUAUUUCCAAACAUCACAGAGCUGUUGUAAACGGAGACAUUCUUGACAAUAUUAUAGUAAAAUAUAAGGCUCCAAAAGAAUAUGUUCAACUUCGUUCUAUUGCAUCAGUGCACUGUAAAAACAAAGGCUGUGAAAAUGCUAUUGGAACAUUGUAUAUAUAUGAGCGCACACCAUUUGUUGUACUUCAACGAAAAAAUUUGUCUUGUCCACGUCUGGGAAAGCCGAAAUGGACUUGGGAAGAUGUCAAGAGGAUUGGAUGUCUGUGUGCUGAUAUUCAGUCUCAAGACAUUAAAGAGUAUCUAUCUGGAAAAUGUGAUCAGUGGUAUGAGUGUGAGCCCACUUCUGUCAGUGCAGCAAAGCGAAGGAAACUUUCAGCAGGAUCACAACCUCUGCCAACACCUGAGUCAGACACGAGACAAGCUGAGGAGAGGGCUGCCAAUUUGAAUUUAGCUGCUACUACAAAAGCUGCUGACUCUGGUACUGAGGAUGUUAAAAUGGCUGAAGAACUAACAGAAGAAGAUGAAGAACGAUUACUUGGGGAACCUACAGACUUUAAUACUACAGCGAUUGGUGAAAUUUUCGAAGAUUUAGAUGAAAAAGCAGAUAAGUUUUUGGGAGAGGCUCCUGAUUUAGAAUCUCUUUCUAUGAAUGUCCCUUCAGAUUCUGGUCCCAACCAAUCAUACAACUGUGAGGUUCCAGAGAAUACUGAGAGCUCUUUAAGUCUACUAAUUAGCCAUUAAGGUUACAAGAGUUGUUGACCUCACAGGAAGCUCCCUUUUGGUAAAGUGCAUGAUUUUGUAAUGUUAUGUUAUAGAAAUAGAAAGUUACUGUUAGAGUAAAAGAUCCUGAAGUUCUGGCUUUUAAUCUGUUCAUCUUGUAUU